CCUGCGUCGCGGCGUCGGGCGGAAGCUAGUGCGGUUCGCGGCCGGCGGUUGCCGAGUGGACGCGGACGCGGCUGGACGCUGAGCCCUAGGUCCGGCGCCCUCCGCGGGCCGCCACCAUGUCGCUGCUGCAGUCUGCACUCGACUUUCUGGCCGGCCCGGGCUCCCUGGGUGGUGCUGCCGGCCGCGACCAGACUGAUUUCGUGGGGCAGACGGUGGAGAUGGGCGAGCUGCGGCUGCGGGUGCGGCGGGUCCUGGCCGAAGGAGGGUUUGCAUUUGUGUAUGAAGCUCAAGAUCUGGGAAGUGGCAGAGAGUAUGCAUUGAAGAGAUUACUGUCCAACGAAGAGGAGAAGAACAGAGCCAUCAUUCAGGAAGUGUGUUUCAUGAAAAAACUUUCAGGCCACGCAAAUAUUGUCCAGUUUUGUUCUGCAGCGUCAAUAGGAAAAGAAGAGUCAGACACCGGGCAGGCCGAGUUCUUGCUGCUCAUGGAGCUCUGCAGAGGGCAGCUGGUGGAAUUUUUAAAGAAAAUUGAAUCUAAAGGUCCGCUGUCGUGCGAUACCGUCCUGAAGAUAUUCUAUCAGACGUGCAGGGCGGUGCAGCACAUGCACAGACAAAAGCCGCCCAUCAUCCAUAGAGACCUCAAGGUUGAAAAUUUACUGCUCAGUAACCAGGGGACCAUUAAACUGUGCGACUUCGGCAGUGCCACGACCAUAUCGCACUACCCGGACUACAGCUGGAGCGCCCAGCGCCGGGCCCUGGUGGAGGAGGAGAUCACCAGGAACACGACUCCCAUGUACAGGACGCCGGAGAUCGUGGACUUGUACUCGAACUUCCCGAUUGGUGAGAAGCAGGACAUCUGGGCCCUGGGCUGCAUCCUGUACCUGCUCUGCUUCGGGCAGCACCCGUUUGAGGACGGGGCGAAGCUUCGCAUCGUCAACGGGAAGUACGCGAUCCCUGCCGACGACACACGCUACUCCGUGUUCCACGGCCUCAUCCGUGCCACGCUCAGGGUCAGCCCCGAGGAGCGGCUGUCCAUCACAGAGCUGGUGAGCCAGCUCCAGGAGAUCGCGGCCGCCCGCAACGUGAACCCCAAGUCGCCCAUCACCGAGCUCCUGGAGCAGAAUGGAGGCUAUGGGCACGCGGCCCCUCCCGGGGGCCCCACAGGCAGCGGCUGCGGUGGAGGCCUGGUGGUCGCCGAGUACGACCAGCCCUAUGGCGGGCUCCUGGACAUCCUGCGGGGCGGCACCGAGCGCCUCUUCACCAACAUCAAGGACACCUCCUCCAAGGUCAUCCAGUCCGUUGCCAAUUAUGCAAAGGGAGAUUUGGAUAUUUCUUACAUCACAUCCAGAAUUGCGGUGAUGUCAUUCCCAGCGGAAGGCGUGGAGUCGGCCAUCAAGAACAACAUCGAAGACGUGCGGUUGUUUCUGGACUCGAAGCAUCCGGGCCGCUACGCUGUCUACAACGUGUCCCCGAGGACGUACCGGGCCUCCAAGUUCCACAACCGGGUCUCCGAGUGUGGCUGGGCGGCCCGACGGGCCCCGAGCCUCCGUAGCCUGUACAGCCUGUGCAGGAGCAUGCACGCCUGGCUGCGCCAGGACCCCGGGAACGUCUGCGUGGUGCACUGCGUGGACGGGGGGGCCGCGUCUGCCGUGGCUGUCUGCGCCUUCCUGUGCUUCUGCCGGCUCUUCAGCACCGCAGAGGCCGCCGUGUACAUGUUCAGUAUGAAGCGCUGCCCGCCGGGCAUCUGGCCGUCCCACAAAAGGUACAUCGAGUACAUGUGCGACAUGGUGGCAGAGGAGCCCAUCACGCCCCACAGCAAGCCCAUCCUGGUGAAGGCCGUGGUCAUGACGCCCGUGCCCCUGUUCAGCAAGCAGCGGAACGGCUGCCGUCCCUUCUGCGAGGUCUACGUGGGGGAUGAGCGUGUGACCACCACGUCCCAGGAAUACGACAAGAUGAGGGAUUUUAAAAUCGAGGAUGGCAAAGCAGUCAUUCCCCUAGGCAUAACGGUCCAGGGAGAUGUGCUCAUCAUCAUCUAUCACGCGAGGUCCACCCUGGGAGGAAGGCUGCAGGCUAAGAUGGCGUCCAUGAAGAUGUUCCAGAUCCAGUUCCACACAGGGUUUGUGCCUCGGAAUGCAGCUACUGUGAAAUUUGCGAAGUAUGACCUGGACGCUUGUGACAUUCAGGAGAAAUAUCCCGAUUUAUUCCAAGUGAACCUGGAGGUGGAGGUGGAGCCCAGAGACAGGCCGGGCCACGAGGCCCCACCCUGGGAGAGUGCAAGCGGGCGGGGGCUGAACCCCAAGAUCCUGUUCUCCAGCCGGGAGGAGCGGCAAGACAUUCUGUCUAAAUUCGGAAAACCAGAGCUCCCCAGGCAGCCGGGCUCCUCCGCGCAGUAUGACGCCGAGGCCGGGCCUGCGCGUGCCGAGCCCCCGGAGCUGGACUCGCCGCACAGCAGCGGGGACACCGGCCACUUUCUGCACACGCUGGACUGGCGGGAGGACGGGGACUGCGCGACAGGCCCAGAGGGUCACCUUGCCGAGGAGGGUCCGUCGGCCGCGGCCGAGGACAGACGUGUGAGCGAGCCGUCCGAUGAGGAAGCCCCAACGCUCUCGGCUGAGAGCGGGGACGUGGCCGACGAGGACACGCCGGGCCCGGACCUGCCGCAAGAGGACGCUGUGGACCUCCUGGGGCUGCACUCCGAGGCAGGGCCGGUGCCCCCCACGCAGGCCCGCGGGGGCCCCCCCAGCAACGCGGACCUGCUCAGCCGCCUCCUGGGGGCCCCGGCGGCUGCUCCCGAGGACGCUGCAGGCGGUCUGCUCGGCGGGGACGCGGCCCUGCUCUUCACCAGCCCGGCCUCUGCCCCGAGCGCACGGGCCACAGUCCCGGCCGCGGACCCGUUUGACCCUCUCCUGCUGCCAUCUGACCCAGACGCCCAGCCCCACUCCCAGCCCGACCUCUUCGGCGAAUUUCUUAAUUCGGACUCUCCAGCCGCCCUGCCUGCAUCCUUCCCGGCCACCCACAGCGCUCCACCCCUGGCCCGCGGCACCGACUUCCUGCAUCUGGGUGACCUGCCAGCGGAGCCCAGCAAGAUGACAGCCUCUACCAGCCACCCAGACCUGCUGGGAGGAUGGGACACCUGGGCUGAGGCCCCGGCCCCCGCAUCAGCUGCAGCAGGCCCCUUCGUCUCUCCUGGAGGCCAGCCGGCCCCUCCUGGCCCCCCAGCCAGCCAGACCAAGUCUCAGAGCCAGGACCCAUUUGCGGACCUCGGCGACCUCAGUUCCGGCCUCCAAGGCUCGCCCGCUGCACCUGCUCCUGGGGGCUUCGGUCCCAAAACAGUCCCCCCUCCCAAGGCCAGCGGCUCCUGGCAGAUGAGUCGGCCCCCAGCCCAGGGCACCCCGUGGCCCCCCCAGGCCAAGCCAACCCCCAGAGCCAGUGUACAGCCACGGCCAAGCUACAACUCCAGCUUCAGUGUGAUCGGCAGCCGGGAGGAGAGGGGGGUCCGUGCCCCCAGCUUUGGUCCAAAGCCAAGGGUGUCGGAGAACGAUUUCGAAGACCUCUUGUCCAACCAGGGCUUCUCCUCCCGAGCCGACAGGAAGGGGCCGAGGACGAUUGCCGAGAUGAGGCGGCAGGACCAGGCGCGGGACUCAGACCCGCUCAAGCUGAAGCUCCUGGACUGGACGGAGGGCAAGGAGAGGAACAUCCGCGCCCUGCUGUCCACGCUGCACACGGCGCUGUGGGACGGCGAGAGCCGCUGGACGCCCGUGGGCAUGGCCGACCUGGUGACACCUGCGCAGGUGAAGAAGCACUACCGCCGCGCCGUGCUGGUGGUCCACCCGGACAAGGCCCGGGGGCAGCCCUACGAGCAGUACGCGCGGAUGAUCUUCAUGGAGCUCAACGACGCCUGGGCCGAGUUCGAGAGCCAGGGCUCCCGGCCGCUCUUCUGAGCCCACGGGUCGUGGCUGCACGUGCGGCUCGUGGAGAUGGAAGCUGCCGGCUGGCCUGGAGGGUUGCGCGGGGGCUGGGGCGGCACGGGCUGGCGCGGCUGCAGCUGGCAUCACGUCGCGCCUGCCACGCUCAGCGGAUCCAGAGCCAGCGCCACUCCCUUCGCAGGAAGAGAACGCAUUCCAAAGCCUCCGAGUUCUUUCUUUUUCUCUUCUGGUCCUGAAGGAAAGGUGACGAUGAGCACUCCCCCCACACGUGUCACAGUCUGUGAUUUGUUUCAUCCGUGGCGUGUCCACUGGGUAGAUCGCGUGGCCCAGCUGCCCUGCAGAACCCGUUCGUGAACGUGCACGUCUCCCCUCGUAAGCAGCCUGGUGGCCGCCUGUACAUGAUUAAACUAUUUUCUGACGACCCUCGUCUCCGGGGCUGCACACCACCUCCCUGCACUUUUGCUGUCACCUGCUUGACCUUGGCUCUGACCGUGAAGAUGAAUCGCAGGGACCCCCGCCCGGCGAACUUGGGCUCCUCACCACUGCUGGUCUGAGCCCCUGUGGGCCCCCAGUCUGGCCUCGGCCAGCAGCCCAAGCUGGGUGGUCAGGCAUGGCAGGAAGGCCGGGGGGCGUGGGGAGUGAUCAGAUGAGCUGCGGCUUUGGUCUGGGGGUGGCCCUCGUCGGGUGCUGGGCACGCCCUGUGGCCUCUGCAGCGAGGCAGAGGCCGGGGGGCGUGGGGAGUGAUCAGAUGAGCUGCGGCUUUGGUCUGGGGUGGCCCUCGUCGGGUGCUGGGCACGCCCUGUGGCCUCUGCAACGAGGCAGAGGCCGGGGGGCGUGGGGAGUGAUCAGAUGAGCUGCGGCUUUGGUCUGGGGCUGGCCCUCGUCGGGUGCCGGGCACGCCCUGUGGCCUCUGCAGCGAGGCAGAGGCCGGGGGGCGUGGGGAGUGAUCAGAUGAGCUGCGGCUUUGGUCUGGGGCUGGCCCUCGUCGGGUGCUGGGUGCACAGAGGCUGGCCCUCCCCCUGGGUCCCCCGGGUCCCUCCUCCUCCUCACAGCGGGAGGGUGUGGGGGGCUUUGGAUUCUCUUGUUCCGGGAAUUCAACGCAGAAGCAAUGGCCUUGAGUCACGGCCUGUUAGAGAAGCCCCAGCCGCCCCAUGCUCUGGGGGACAUGUCAGGACAAACGACGGCAGUUACAUGACUCGAGGUUUCGGUCGGAAGUGACGUUCCCGGCCUCCUGCGGGUCUGUCCACCGUCCCCAGGGCUCGUCCUCCUCCUGGCUGCCUGGCACUGCUGGCCGGGCCCUGGAGAUGGGGCGGCCCUCGGCCCUCAUCCCCGUGGUGACAGCAGGCUUGGCCAGGCCCUGCCAAAGCUGCCCCUCAGCCCAGUCAGCACUGUGGGCUGGCCUCUGAGAACUCUGUGCGGUCUCCUCUUUAGCCAAAAUGUGAGUUAUUGAGUCAGAUGUGAUGCCAAGUCAGGGACUCAGGAGGGCGCCACCUGCCCCUCAGGUGGGCUUGCGAGUUGGGUCACCCGGGUCGGGACCCUCCCUGUGCUGGGCUCCUAGGCACCCAUCCUCACAUCAAGACCUCACCCAGGAGGUAGGGCAGCGGUUAGCUGAACACGGACUUGAAGCUCGGAGCCCCGCCUUCCACCUCCAGUGACCUCGUUGGUCUGGCAGAGGGUGGGCCUCCUGACAUUUCAGAGGAGGAAGGGGCUCUGGCUUUGUUUCCUGAGGCCCCGGGACCCUACGGCCUCAGCCCCUAGGGCUGCUCCCCAACCCCUCCCCAGCCGGGGGUCUGAGCAGAGAGCAGGAGAGGAGGCCGAGGGCCGCCUGGACCUCUGCACUGUCCCCUCAUUGAGGCGACCCACCCACCUGGGUUGGGGCUGCUGCUGCGAGUGGGCAGGAGGGUUAAACCCGGCUCUUCCCAGGCUGAGGCCUCUUAAAAGAAUACUCACUCUUUUAAGUAACAGUGGGACUUCCCUGGUGGCGCAGUCGUUAAGAAUCCGCCGGCCGAUGCAGGGGACGCGGGUUUGAGCCCUGGUCCGGGAGGAUCCCACGUGCCACGGAGCAUCUGGGCCCGUGCGCCGCAACUACCGAGCCCGCGUGCCGCAACUACUGAGCCCGCACGCCUGGAGCCCGUGUUCCGCAACAAGAGAAGCCACUGCCACGAGAAGCCCGCGCACCACAACGAAGAGUAGCCCCCGCUCGCCACAACUAGAGAAAGCCCGCGCGCGGCAGCUUAGAGCCAA